UCCAUAUAUGCAACAAGUUCAGUGAUUGAAUGGCAAAGCGACUUGAAAUACAAAUAUGUAAUGGAUCAUAUGUGAUUUGUAAUGUAAUUUCCCAAACAACUCGAAAUAAUUAAUAUUGCAUACUUGAAUACAUUUAUAAUAAUAAAGCUUAUAGCUUAUAGCCCUCACUCGUAGAGCAAAAGCGUAUUCUGGAUUGCAUAAAAAGUAUGAAGUAAAACAGGCAGAAGGAAGCGUUGCCGACCACUCAAAGUGUACAUAUUCUUGAUCAGGAUCAAUAGCAGAGUCCGUAGAGAUCUCAGGAGCUAAAAAAGCUAGAAUGGUGACACAAGAAUUGCAGAUUUCAGAGACAUUGACGAAGUGCAAGUUUGUUUCCUUAUGGUCUUUCGCCCACUUUAACGCCCAAAACUGUCUUGCCCUCACUUUUAAAAAAUGUUUUGGAAUUUUUUCAUUUUAUUAUUUGUCCCACCAAUUUAUAUCCGAAUGCCAAAAUGAAUAUUAAACUUCCAGUAACGGGUAUCUGAUAGUUGAAAGAUUCGACACUAGCGUUCACUCUUGUUAGUAGGUAAUAUAUUAUUUAGGUAGAAGUCUUGAAUAUGUUUCCUAACUUUGAAGCCCUGACAAGCCUGUCACUUUUAUAUCUAAAUAUGCUGCUUGGAUACUUGCUGCUGCUGAAAAUUCCUUUGAUUUUGCCUAACAAUAUUACCACGAGUAAUAUAAACCAUUAUCGCGAGCCAACCUAUAGUCAUCUCAGUUCGUAUCUGGUAUCCUUGCGGACUCGCAAAUAUAUUCACUCUCCUGGAGAUAAUCACUUCUGCACCGGAGUUAUCCUUACCAAUCGCCAUGUGCUUACUUCAGCACACUGCAUUACGGAUAAAAACGGAGUGAUGAUGAGCCCCAAACGAAUUGUGGUGGCUCUUUGCGCGGCUCUUUUUAGGACCCCAGAGUCAGAGGAAUUUGUUGUAGAUAUUCAUAACAUGCUUAUCCAUCCGUACUACCAUAGGAACCAGCACAAUGAUAUAGCUAUAAUAAAGCUGAAGAGGUAUGUGAAAUUGGACGGCCAUCACUUGGCUCCAGUUUUGCUUGGCAACUCCUCGCUGGAAGUGGGGAAUGAUUGCAAGACCAUUGGUGGAAACUUCGGCGUACUAAGGCAAAGAUUUGGAUCAUUUCCUAGCAUGUUGCUUGUGAAUGUCGAACUGCGGCCAUUCGACGAUUGUCUGAAGGCGAAGAAGAGUCUAAUGGAUGCUAGACCAGAAAACGAGGACCUAAUAUGUGUAAAGUCCAUGGAUCAUCAGAUAUGUACCACAGAUUUCGGUGGUCCACUAUUUUGCGAUGGUCAGCUGUAUGGGAUAGCUCUGGGCUCCAUUAAUUGCUCCAGUCCAGAUCCAGUGUUCUUCAGUGACGUAUCGUUCUACAACAGCUGGGUGACCAAAAUGAUAUCGGAGGGAGUGGACCAAAGCCCAUUUAUCGCAGCGAGGUUUUCCCUUUAUUCCUACAUCAUUUUAUUGCUUAACCUUAUCUGAAAUCAGGACAGGGAAAUAUAACUCUCUCUAGAGAAAGGAAAAUUUGACCGGCCCCUGCUAUGCAUGGAAAAUUGGGGAAAGCCCUAGGAAACUUUCGCCUGUAUUGCACCUGUGUGCCACGUGUGGCACGUUCACUUUCCCCCCAAAUAAACCUCUCUGACUUUCCUUUCUUUCUCAACACUUUUGCAUUAAUCAAGAAGCAAAGGAAACUGCCGAAAAACUUAAUAAAUUUGUACAUAAAACAUGAUUGAUAAAGGCCAUAAAUAAUCCCAAUAAUAAAUAGAAAAUUGGUCAAGAAAAAAGUAAAAGGCCGCGACACGGCAAUUUGAUGUAACAACCAAUCAUUAUUAAUAGCCACGAAACGCCGGAAAAAACCGACCCGUUAAGGUAACAAGAAAUUGCACACACACGCGAUAAUAUUGGCCGAAAAAAGGAAAAGCCAGAAGUUAACAAUAACAUGUCUGCACUGAACUCUUGUUGCUUAACUCCCAUUGACUUUGAGUUCAAGACUCGCCGUCAGUCGUCGGAUGGAAAGCCAGCCAUAAAUCGGUAAUAAUUAUAUUUUUUGUUGCUCUGAAUUGCCCGAAUGCAGGUAGCUGGGUAUCACAAAAGCUGAUAAAUCGAUGCUGAUAAAUUGAAAAUUACCAGCCAAGCGAUAUAUAAUGGUCUGGUUGAUAAGCUCACAGAGUGCACACACAAUUAUAUACGUACUCUUGCAUACAGCAUUUGAUUUUCCUUUUAUACUGCUGAAAUUGCAUACCAAUUUGUGGUGGCCAGCAGCCCAGACUUGAGUGCCUGAUUUGCCUUUUUUCAUUCGCCUGGAAAGCCAACUAGAUGUUGAACCUAGCAGUGUGAUAAAGGAAAGACAGACGAAGGUGUUAUAAUUAACAAAGAACAAUAAUUAGGGGUGUUGAUAG